CUACACGCCUUCCAUCACCAGCGAUCCAUCCAUUUUCAGCAUCCGGCACUUUCGACUCAACCGCAUCACCCAAUCCAACCAAAUCCACCCCAUUUCAACUCCAUCACCAUGACGGGCGGAAAGUCAGGCGGCAAGGCCAGCGGCGCGAAGAGCAGUGCGCAAUCCCGUUCAUCCAAGGCCGGUCUCGCAUUCCCAGUUGGUCGUGUCCACCGUCUCCUCAGGAAAGGCAACUACGCGCAGCGUGUCGGUGCCGGUGCUCCGGUCUACCUCGCAGCCGUUCUUGAAUAUCUGGCCGCUGAAAUCCUCGAGUUGGCUGGCAACGCCGCCCGUGACAACAAGAAGACCCGUAUCAUCCCGCGUCAUCUCCAGCUCGCUAUCCGCAACGACGAGGAGUUGAACAAGCUUCUCGGCCACGUCACGAUCGCCCAGGGUGGUGUACUGCCCAACAUUCACCAGAACCUCCUGCCCAAGAAGACCACCGGCAGCAAGGGUGCCGCUGGCCCAAGCCAAGAGCUGUAAACGCUUUUCGGUUCAUGAUUUCGUGGUUACGGCGUCCAAGGGGUUGCUCGGUCGAGAUGAUAAUGGGGUUCAUCACGGCGGGUAUGAGCACUGGACACAGUGCCUGGUUUCGUUAUUUGCAUGGCUGCGUCUGAUUUCCGGCAGCGGAGAAAGCUGUACAUUAU